GAAAGCGGCACAUUGUUGGUUGACUCUGGUACCGAGUCGGAUGACGACGAACUGGAACAGCUGGAUUCUUUUUUGAGCAGAGCACAUUCGAGCGAUAUUAUGGGAAGCAGUCCACCGAACCUAACCAGCUCACCGCCGCUAGCCAGUGAAUUCGAAACAAAUAGACAUACCGCGCUGCUCGCUCCUUGCCUUGCCUUUCAUAAAUCUGUUGUUGAUGGGAUGCAAGUUGCUGUUGAGGUAUUCCCUCGUUUCGCUGCGUUGUUGAGUGCUAGAACAAGUGCUCUUGAUCCGAAUCGCGAAAUUGUUGUUGUGGAUGUUGAAGAGUUGUAUGAGUUGCAAAUCGCCCGAACUGUGGAAAAACUUUGUGAAGAGAUUGGGAUUGGUCUAGCUUCAGAAUCAAGAUUUCUAAGAGUAGGUGAGUCCUGGCGAGUAAGUGUUAGUGGUGGCCAGGUGCUUUUCACUUCUCCGUAUAGUCAUGAGGAUGAUGAUGAUGAUGAUGAUGUUGGUGAUGUUGGUGAUGUGUAUGAAAUGAAGGGCAUCAAAAAUUGCCCAUUUUCUAGCUGGGACAGUGCAGGUUGUGAAUCAGGGAUUGGGCUGCACGACAGGAGUGGUGAGGUCAGUGAAGCAUCGCAAGACAAUAUUUUGGACGAGGUCAUAAAGAAUUCAAAUUGCGUCACGACAACAACAAUGUCAUUAAUGAAUGCGGGUAAAAUGAACGAACGCGCUGUCAGCGCAGGUGGACGCACCAGUGCAUACUCAGGGAAAACAGAAACCGGCGCAUUCCGUCCGGUUACCAGAAGACGUUGCGUGCAGACAGAUUCGAAUCAACAGUCCUGCACAGGCAAGCAUGUUUACGUCCACGCAAAUAUUUAUUGCGGGGUGAAAGUGGAUAAGUGGGCAACAUCCUUGAAACAGUACGUCCAAUCCUUCUCUGUGAGUAGUCGCGGAGACCGAUUUUCGGCUCGCGGUGACGAUCACUUUAUUGCUCAUAAAUAUGUGGCAAGAUUCACAGCAGGUGGUUGA